AUGGAUAGCUUCUUGCCCUUUUCCUCUUCUAACACAAACUCGGUCCAAGAACACUCAAUGGAUCUUAACAACGAGCACUCACGCUUCUCGACGUUCCCUACUUAUGAUCAUCAUCAUCAGGCGCAGCCUCACCACUUGUUGUCACCGUACUCAUUCGUUGCAUGUCCUGUGGAUCAGACGGCGGCAAUGAAUCCUCAGAUCCCGGUUGUACAAACCGGAAAUGAGUUCGGUUCUCUGGUAUGUAAUCCCGGUUUGAGACAAGCAAGAGGUGUAUUCCUUGAUCCACACACAGCUAAGAUGGCCAGGAUCAAUAGGAAGAAGGCGAUGGUAAGAUCAAGAAACAACUCUAGCCCUAAUUCUAGUUCGAGUGAGCUGGUUGGUUCAAGGAGACAAGUGGUUGUUACCAUGAAAAAUAAUGCCGAGAUUGCCGCUAAGAAAGAUCUAUAUCGAUUUUCCUCAUUCGAUAACAAGAAGCUUAGGGUUUUGCUGGUGAAAGACUUGAAGAACAGCGAUGUUGGAUCACUUGGGAGGAUCGUUUUACCAAAGAGAGAAGCUGAAAGAAAUCUUCCGGAGCUAUCUACUAAAGAAGGGAUGAUACUAGAGAUGAGAGAUGCUGACUCUAUGCAGAAUUGGUCUUUCAAAUACAAGUUCUGGUCCAAUAACAAGAGCAGAAUGUAUGUCCUCGAAAACACAGGUAGAGAAUUUGUGACGAAAAAAAGAGUAGAGAUUGGAGAUUUUUUUACAAUCUACGAGGACGAAAGCAAAAAUCUCUACUUCUCCAUAAGAAAGUACGCAGACAAACCAAAUAAAGGAAUAGAAGAUGAGUCGAUGGAAGCCAACGGCAUGAACUUCUACGAAGAUAUUGCGUUUGAUUUCAUACCAAAAGAUGAAGAAGAAGAUUCUAUUGCAAUGCUCAUAGGACAUCUAAACGAUCACUAUCCCAACCCAAACAAUCUUAUGGACCUCCCACUCGAUCUUCAUCAGCAUCAUCAAGCCACGUCCUCCUUGCCACCUGUUGAUUACAUGACCAAUCCUCAGCAAGUUGGUUCGUCCAAUGAUCAAAUGAGCUUUAACGACUUCGUAUGGUGA